AGUCGCUCAGUCAGCUGAUGCCCGGCCGCCGAGGCAAACCUGCGCUCCGCCGCUUCCACCUCCGCUCGUUCUCUCGGUGCUAUAUGAAUCAUUCGAAUUUGUGAGGGAUUUUUUUAAAGUUCGUCGUUCGAUCGACACCAUGAGUGGCUUCGACGAAAUUCUGGGCACGGAAAUCGAAGUUCGGAAAAGAACUUUAGAUCAGCAGUCGCUUGACACAGACAAGGACCUCCCAGAUGCCGCGUUAGACCCGGAUUUAUUCCCCGAAUUCAGUCAGCUGCUGGAGGACCACGAGCCAGGGGACGACGACAGCCAGGGGUGCCCGCUGCCAGGGACGCCGGAGGACGAGUCCCUCAUCGACGCGAAGGAGAAUGAAGAAUUGCGUCACAGAGUUGUCAAUCACGAGCCCCACGAUGACGAUCUCGCGCUCAGUUCCAUGGCCCAGAGUGCCUUCGAGACCGCGGAGGAGUUAGUGCACAAGGUCUGGGAAGAAGUUUCGAGUUGGAAGACGCAACCUUUCUCAAAGCUGCCCAAGUGGCUCCAAGACAACGAUUUUCUUCAUCACUGGCACAGGCCUCCACUCCCCUCGUUCGCUGCCUGCUUCAAAUCUAUAUUUAGGAUCCACACUGAAACGGGAAAUAUUUGGACACAUCUUCUAGGAUGCAUGGCAUUCAUCGGAGUGAUGGUGUAUUUCUUGACGGGAUCCUCGCUUGGUCAGCACUGGGUACAGGUCGACAUCAAGGAGAAGCUCGUGUUCACAGCGUUUUUCAUCGGUGCCAUCUUCUGCUUGGGGCUCUCCUUCACCUUCCAUACAGUCUCCUGUCACUCUGAGUUUGUAGGAAAACUCUUUAGCAAAUUGGACUAUUGUGGGAUUGCCUUGCUGAUUAUGGGAUCCUUUGUACCAUGGUUGUACUAUGGGUUUUACUGUGACUUCCAACCAAAGCUUAUUUACCUAACUGCAGUGGUUCUCCUUGGAAUCACCACAAUUGUUGUAUCACUAUGGGAGAAGUUUAGCACACCAACAUUCAGACCAUUGCGAGCAGCCGUUUUCUUGACAUUUGGUUUGUCGGGGAUCAUCCCAGCUGUGCACUACACUCUGAUUGAAGGAUUCGACUAUGCCAUCACACGUGCUUCCUUAGGCUGGCUUAUUCUUAUGGGGGCAUUGUACGUCUUGGGUGCACUGCUCUAUGCUGUCCGUGUUCCUGAAAGAUUCUUCCCAGGCAAAUGUGAUCUAUGGUUCCAGAGUCACCAAAUCUUCCACAUUCUGGUGAUUGCUGCAGCCUUCGUCCAUUAUCAUGGAAUAUCCGAGAUGGCCAUGUACCGCCUUACACACGGGGAUUGUACAGCAGAAAAUCUGGCAGCGAUCGAAGCGCAGGACAUUCUUUAGGAUUUGUGAAAUGUUAGUCAUAUAUGCGAGUGUGAAAGAAUCUUUUUAAGUUCUUUGAUAAUUAGGAACUUGUCUUGAUUAUAAACCUUAUUUUAUAUUUUUUAUUUAUUUUGAUUACCAUGUUUUGUUUAUUCUUAGUUGCCGUUUUGUGAAUGUAUGUGAACUGUGGCAAAUUUGCAGGCAUCAGGUUGGACAUUUAAGGAGGCCAGUGUUAGUGUUAAAAUAUUUUAGUGUCUGCUAUGAUUAUCACAAACUAGGCAAUCUGCUAAAAUGUGCAAGUUGUAAUUUUUAAAGUGGCAUUUUUUUGUGACAAUCUUUAAGGUAUGUUAGAUACACGGACUUUAAAGAAAAAAAAUCAUGUUUGGUGUUAUAGUUUGUGUGUCAUGCAAUCUUAUUUUCCGGAAAAUGUCAUUGGAAAAUUGAAAGGAAAAAAGAAGGAAUAUUUUGCAGAAAAUUUUCAUUAUUUACUUUUUUGUUGGUGGUGUUAUGUUGAUAUAUAGCAUUUUAUUUUGUAGAAGGAAGUGUAUAUUUUAAUGAAGGAGCCUAUCAAUUUUGUGUUUAAUUUUUACUUUAAAAUAUGGAAUUGUUAAGAAAACAACACUGGUUUGAACCCCAUACCUUUUUAAAUACAAAGAAAUGGAAAUCUAAUGAAGGAUCAAUCAAUGAAGAUGAUCAGAGAGCAGUUGUGUUAAAUAUAGAAAGAGUUUUGGAAUGCCUUCCAUACGUUAUUGUAUGAAGGAAAGGUUAAUAGCCGUUUUCAAAGCAUGUGAACAUUUUUAUUUUCUUUCUCUCUCUCUUUUUUUUUUUUUUUUUUUUU